UGUGCUGGAAACCCCGUACUGACUCUGAAGGGACCCAAGAUGGCUGAGUACUCACGGGGGGGGCCGUUAGCAAUUAUCUGAGCAAGUCGUCGGCAAUGAAUGGCAAAUAGCACUAUAAUGCAAAGCGUAACCGUGAAGUAAUUACACGACUACAGUUUUGAUGGUCUGCAUGUUUUUUUUGGGGUGCAUGAAUACCAGUAAGGAGAGAGAGGUCUCUCCGCGGCCCCGAGCCAGAACAUGGCGGAGCACUUGGGAAGAAAUGGCAGCUAACGCUAGCUAGCUGGCGUUAUUAUUCAGACACAACUUAGAUCCACCGGUCCAGGGUCAAACACGGUGUCUGCGGGUCCGCAAGUGUGAAAUAAUGUUCCCGGCGCACGGCUCUGGUUGUUUCGCUUCAAAAGUGUUGUUUGACGUUGAAUGUGCGGAGCGUAGGUGAGUUAGCGUACUAGCAAGCUACGUUAACUCGUUAGGUUUUGUUAGCUCACGUAAGUGGCAAAACCUUGCCCGCAAAGCGUACAUACUGUACUAAUAAGCAGACAUCGCAACGGUGGGGCUUAUUCUGACUAGUCCUCUCUCUCUCUCAACUGUGUGCUAGGGCUUUGCAAUGUCUGUCGACCCUUGUUUUGUACAUUAAACAACCUUAGCUCACGUCAAUGCCCUCCGCACUGUAUGUUAGAUUGUCGUCAGCUCGCUAUAAUGGUCUGUGAGGUUAUUUUGUGUGGUGCGUUGCCUAUAAGCCUGGCGAGAUAAGUUUUGAGGCAGCUGCUGUAAAAUAAAUAGAUAUCGUAGUUGUGGCUGCAGACUCGAUCUGGGGGGGGGGAUCUUCCUGGAUGCUCGUCCAGGUGUUUCACGUUUAAGCUCCUUCUAUGAACUGUUAGCCCAGGUUGACCCCUGAACGCUAGAAACAGAGUGAAUUCAAAGUUGUGGCGUUACUAGGUGAAGCAGACGCCCUGUGAAAGCCAACAAGGUCCGGGAGGGGGGGAAAACCGGUCACAGCUACCUGCAAGGAUGACGGACACUCGUCGACGAGUCAAAGUCUAUACCCUCAAUGAGGACAGACAGUGGGAUGACCGUGGGACCGGACACGUCUCCUCGCUGUAUGUGGAGCGUUUCAAAGGCACGUCUCUGCUGGUGCGAGCAGAGAGUGAUGGUUCCCUGCUGCUGGAGUCCAAAAUCAAUCCAAACACAGCCUACCAGAAACAACAGGACACGUUGAUAGUAUGGUCAGAGGCUGAAAAUUAUGAUCUGGCACUGAGCUUCCAGGAGAAGGCUGGCUGUGACGAAAUCUGGGAGAAAAUAUGCCAGGUGCAGGGAAAGGACCCAUCAGUGGACAUCACCCAGGAUGUGGUGGACGAGUCCGAGGAGGAGCGCUUUGACGACAUGUCGUCGCCAGGUCUGGAGUUGCCGCCGUGUGAACUGAACCGCCUGGAGGACCUGGCUGAGCUGGUGGCCUCCUCACUCCCAUCACCGCUGCGGCGCGAGAAACUGGCACUGGCUGUGGAGAACGAGGGCUACAUUCGCAAGCUCCUGGAGCUGUUCCGUGUGUGUGAGGAUUUAGAGAACAGAGAGGGACUGCACCACAUUUAUGAAAUCAUAAAAGGCAUCUUCCUGCUCAAUCGUACUGCACUCUUUGAGGUUAUGUUCUCUGACGAGUGCAUCAUGGACGUCAUUGGGUGUCUGGAGUUUGACCCAGCACUCCCGCAGCCGCGGCGGCAUCGGGAGUUUCUGACUAAGACAGCCCGCUUUAAGGAGGUGAUCCCCAUCUCUGAUCCUGAACUGCGUCAGAAAAUACACCAGACGUAUCGGGUGCAGUAUAUUCAGGACAUGGUGCUGCCCACGCCCUCUGUUUUUGAGGAAAAUAUGCUGUCCACCCUGCACUCCUUCAUCUUCUUCAACAAGGUGGAGAUUGUGGGCAUGCUGCAGGAUGACGAGAAGUUCCUGACAGACCUCUUUGCACAGCUAACAGAUGAGGCUACAGAUGACGACAAAAGACACGAACUGGUGAACUUCCUAAAGGAAUUCUGUGCAUUCUCACAAACAUUACAACCUCAAAACAGAGACGCCUUCUUCAAGACAUUGUCAAACAUGGGCAUUCUACCUGCACUAGAGGUCAUACUGGGAAUGGAUGACGUUCAGGUGCGUGGGGCCGCCACAGAUAUUUUCUCUUAUCUGGUGGAGUACAACCCCUCUAUGGUACGAGAGUUCGUCAUGCAGGAGUCUCAGCAGAAUGAUGAUGACAUUCUCCUGAUCAACCUGAUCAUAGAACACAUGAUCUGUGAUACAGACCCAGAGCUAGGUGGAGCGGUGCAGCUGAUGGGCCUACUACGGACUCUGGUGGACCCUGAGAACAUGCUGGCUACUGCAAAUAAAACAGAAAAGACAGAGUUCCUGAGCUUCUUCUACAAGCACUGUAUGCACGUCCUCUCGGCUCCGCUACUGGCCAACACAACAGAGGAAAAACCUAGCAAAGAUGAUUUUCAAACAUCCCAGUUGCUGGCCUUGAUUCUGGAGUUGCUGACAUUCUGUGUUGAGCACCACACCUACCACAUCAAGAACUAUAUCAUCAACAAGGACAUUCUCAGAAGGGUACUGGUGCUCACUGCCUCUCAGCACGCCUUUCUGGCACUAUGUGCUCUGCGCUUCAUGCGGAGGAUCAUUGGUCUGAAGGAUGAAUUCUACAAUCGCUACAUCAUGAGAAACUUUCUCUUUGAGCCCGUCAUUAAGGCGUUUCUCAACAACGGCUCACGCUACAACCUCAUGAACUCGGCCAUUAUUGAGAUGUUUGAGUAUGUUCGUGUGGAGGAUGUGAAAUCUCUCACAGCUCAUAUAGUAGAGAACUACUGGAAGGAUCUGGAGGAUGUGGACUACGUCCAAACAUUCAAGGGCCUUAAGCUGCGCUAUGAACAGCAGAGAGAGAGGCAAGACAACCCCAAACUGGAUAGCAUGCGCUCCAUCCUGAGGAACCACCGCUUCCGUCGUGAUGCACGCACACUGGAGGAUGAAGAGGAGAUGUGGUUCAACACAGAUGAGGAUGACCUUGAGGAUGGUGAGGCAGUUGUUCCUCCCUCUGACAAGAUGAAAACAGAGGAAGACCUCAUGGAACCUAUAAGCAAGUUCAUGGAGAGAAAGAAAUUGAAAGACCCAGAAGACAAAGAAGUACUGGGGAAGUCGAGUUUAUCGGGCAGACAGAACCCCAGCUUCAAGCUCGCCUUCUCUGGCUCCACUAAAACCAGCCUGUCAAGCCCUCCUUCGUCUGCCUCAUUGAACCCAGGUUCUCCGGGAUCACCAGGUUCUCCGGGUUCAGGGGCGCGGAGCUCACCAUCCACCACAACGGUAACCACAAAGGGAGGUUUAGUGGGGCUGGUGGACUAUCCUGAUGAUGACGACGAGGAGGAAGAAGAGGAGGAAGAUGGGGAGAGUAAAGAGGACCCUCUGCCACCUUCGAAGAAGUCCAAACUGAGCUCCUAAAGAAGCUUCACUGUCUCAGCUUGUGCUCCGCUCAGACAGUUUCAGUGCAUAGACUUCACACAGGAAUGAUCAAACUUGUAAACAAAUUGAAUGAAUGAAAGCCACCCCUCGUCGUCAGCGGGUGGCAAAAAGAGGAGCAGACUGUGAACGGAUACAAAGCCUCCUCAGACUAGCCCACUUCAUACAAGUGCCAAUCAGGAAACCAGGAGUGACACCCCGACUGAAAAGAGGAACAGACGCGUGAACGUUGGGGGAGAAACAUCACACUCAACAGAUCGUCAACAGAUCGUCAGCAGAUCGUCAGCAGACUCAGACACCGUGAGACAGGCUGGAGCUUGGUGAUUUAGCAACUGGAGGAAAAGACCACAUACAAAAACACAUGUACACGUAGAGUGAAAUCCCAGAGAGCUCGCGGGCUCGGACCAUAACCCACUGCCCCCCGCCCCCCCACUCAGGGAAGGACAUCACAGCGGCCCAAAUGGGUCGGCCAAUUCAGACCCAGAACCACCACUCGCACCCCCUUCUCGGAAUUCACCUUCCUCCUUGUUUCUUUCUACUUCUUUUGUCCUUUGCUCUUUCUCCCUCUCUUUGUUUGUUGCUUUUUGUCUAUUUUUAUUCUUUUUUUAAAGUUAGAAUAUAGGACCAGACGGGAGGCAGCAUGUGGCAAAGAGCUGUCUUUGUUGUCGUUUGAUGAUGUCAUCAGUGUCGUUGUUCCUCAGCGGACGUUCUUUUUCUGAAGAGAAAAAAAGCCAGCAGUUUCUUCAUUUUUUUCUUUUUGUUCUGUAUUUGUCUCUCAAUCUUUCUCCUGUUUUUUGUAAAUGACAACAAAAAAGACCUGCCUUUAAAUGUUCAGGACGUUUUCAGUCACACUUGAACAGGUUUUUAAAGACCUCAGUAGGUGAGCUAGUUUUACCCUUUUUGCCCUUUGAAACUGCAGAUUUUUUGGAGAAUUUGUAAUCCCGUCUUGAUUAAAGAUUGAGUGGAAUUCUAGAUGUGAUGAAUUUUGUCAUAUCUUCUCAUUUUUUUCCUUUUACAUGAGUGUACACUUAGUUGUUCAGAAUAUUUGGGACCAUUAAAAUGAUCUUUGCUGUAA